AUGCUCAGUUCAGUGACCUGGGAGCAGGGGGAGAAAUUCAGAGAGUGGCUUGACCACCAGGGUCCAGCUUUGGUGGAUAACCUGGGAAUUUCAGGAACGUGUGCAUCCAUAAGGCCAGGCACCGACCAUCCUGGGGAGCAGUCCGUGGAGGAGGACCAGUUCUGGAGCUUUGGCCGAGCUUGCACAGGUGGGGCCAUGAAGAAUCAGCACACAGAGCAAUGUCCAGAAGCAGUAAAGGCACAGGCGCCACGGCUCUCAGAGAAGGGGCACCAGAAGGAGAUGAGAGGGAGAACAGGCCCAAGACAAUAUGAAGAUAUAAUUGCUGCAAAGCUUCCUAACCUGGGAAAAGAAACAGUUAUUAAAGUCCAGGAAGCACAGAGCCGCAUACAGCCAAAACACAUUGUAAUCAAGAUGAUGAAAACGAGGAUAACUGCCCUGCACGGUUCGACGAGGUCACGGCAACAGGAGGGUAAGGACUCCAAGAACCGCAGCAGCAGCAGCAGCGGGGGCGCCGGGACCCGGGCCCGGACCCGGACCCGGAUGCGCCCCGGGAAGCAGGCGGCUCCCGGUGGUAGCGAGGAAUGGUUAAGUGCAGACUGCAGCGCGCUGGGAGGGGCUGAGGACUGCAGCGAGCGCUGCAGUGUCGGCCUGCAGAGCAAGCCGCCCGACGCGGUGAUGCGGGAGCAGGAUCUGACUCAGGGUGAUGUAACGCUGACUCAGGGCCGCGCUCUGCACACACAGCUCGCUGCCGGCGCUGUCUACCCCGCAGGCAGGGAAGAGCUAGACGGUCAAGUUAGCAGACACACAGCUGAAGCCCGGGCUGCUCUUUUCGGCUCAGUGCAGAUAAAUACAGCAAAAGAAUGCGCUUCCGGAGGGCGAGAGGCGCGGCGGCGGCCUGAGGAGCGGGAUCGCAGCGCCAGGGAGGCGGUGCCCCGGGGGUCGUUUCCUGCCGGGAGGCGGCCCCGCGCCGCCGAGUCUCCUCCUCCCGCCCGCGAGGAGGAGGAGCCGCCGCCGCCGCCGCCGCGCCGGAGCCCGGGAGGCCACGCCAGCUCUGGACAGGCCGAGCGGGAACCGCGGAGCACAGGCCGAGCCGAUCGCGCGGGCCGGACGCCGCGGGAGAAGGUGGGCUCGGGAGGGCGGGCGGCGGGCUCGGGGCGCGGCCGGGCUCCCAUGGAGGAGCAGGCGUGGGGGCCGCGGCCUCCGGGUGGAUUCCAAGCCGUCGGGCGGGGGAGGAAGUCGGGCCGCGGCCGCUCCUGGACCUUCCCGGCAGGGGCGCUGUCCUCGCGGGGCCGCGGUCGCGGAGGCCGGGGAGUCGGACCUACCACUCGGACGCUGGGCUGGGCGCGGACGGGCCUCCGCGGACGGGCCUCCGCGGACCUGCGUCCGGCAGCGGCCUCGGCUGCCGGGCCUCCACGCCGGGACCACUCACCCCGGCUCCAGCCCCACGUCCCGGGCGUCGCCUCGCCCCUGGGCACCGGGGUGCCGGGUGGGCGCGUCCUGUGGGCCCUUCCCCUAAUGCUGGGUGUGGGCGUCGCGGCCGUGUCUAGGGCUCCUGCCCGGCUUGUGCCUGAUUCCUGCCGUUUCCUAUGCUUCAGAACAAGUUGUAUUUUCAAGAAUGGUAGUGUUUAA